AUCCUCAACAGCCAAAGCUUCAAGCUUCCACAAAGCAGCAACAAUGGCGUUAUCUGUUAACUCCAUAAAACUCCACAAUUUCAACCAAAAAACCCAUUUUUUUGUACCAAAAAGCACCAUAUAUCUUUCCUUCAAAAACCCAAUUUUCCAAUUCAAUACCAAACUCCAAAGGGAACCCUUAACUUCUUUUGCCCGCCAAAUUCAGUCGCAUCAACGGCCAAUCUCAUCUCUUGUUAAGGCUUCAUCAGCUCCUUCAAAGACUUCCAAAUCCGAAACAGAUAAGCUCCCAGCUGAUGUAAAGGUCACUGAAUCUCAAGAGCCUAAUUCAAGAGUAAGAUUGAACGUAGAAGUUCCGGCCGCCGUAGUUGAGGAUUGUUACCGAAGGGUUGUUAAGGAAUUUAUGAAGCAAGUAAAGAUACCUGGAUUUCGUCCGGGAAAGAUCCCGGAGAGUAUUCUUCUGAAUUAUGUUGGGGAGGAAAGUGUUCGGAAGGCAACGGUUGAAUCGAUUUUGAAAAGGACACUCCCCCAUGCUAUGUCUAUGGUAGAAGGAAGGGCUUUGAGAGAUUCAGUUCGCGUAAUAACCAAAUUUUCCGAUAUGGAGAAACGCUAUUCUUCUCAUACCUCUCUGAGUUACGAUGUCAUUGUAGAUGUGGUACCUGAAGUCAAAUGGAUAACCGAGAAUGGGUACAAAAAUCUGAAGAUUGUUGUUGAAAUCGACAAUGAGAUAGAAGCUGAAAGAGCCUGCGAGCUGGAAAUAAGGCGCCGCCACAAGUCCAUAGGUUCACUGAAAGUUGUAACUGACAGAGGACUACAGGUUGGUGAUCUUGUGGUCCUUGAUAUAUCUGCAACCACUAUUGACCAAGAUGAAUCUAAUGUUCAAAAGAUUCCAGCUGCAGAAAGUAAAGGAUUUCAUUUUGACACCGAAGAUGGUGAGAGUGUACUUACCGGUUUCCUUGAUGCCAUAAUUGGUAUUCAACGAGGUGAAACGAAGUCAUUUCCGCUCGUAUUUCCUGAAUCAUGGCAACAAGAAAAUCUCCGUGGUGUUGACGCGCAAUUUACUGUUGAAUGCAAAGAACUAUUCUACCGGGAUUUACCAGAGCUAAAUGACUCUAUUGCUGAUAAGCUUCUUCCUGGAUGCACUGACUUGAAGCAGGUCAAGGAAUCGUUACUACAAAGGUGCCAAGAAGUGGAGCAAACUGCGAGAGACCAAGCAACGGAUAAUACAAUUCUAGACCAGCUUUGGAAGAUGGUGGAAAUCGAUAUUCCUCAAUCCUUGUUCGAGGAACAAGGUUGGCAGCUUUAUGGAGCCAAACUUCUAGAGAUUCAGGCACAAAUGAAGCUAAGUGAACAGCAAUUGGAUUUGCUGUCAAGUCCGAAAGCGGUGAAUGAGUUUUUGGAGAACCAGAGAGAGAACAUAACGAAGUUGAUAAAACAGAAUCUUGCUGUAGGUGAUAUUUUCAAACGAGAAAAUUUGCAGUUUUCAUCCGACGAGCUUGUGAAAGAGGUACAGAAUUCAAUUGCUGAAUUUGAACGUCAGAAGCAAAACUACGACGAGGAACGUGUGAAGGAACAGGUACAAGAAGUGCUUGAGGGAGCAAAAGUGCUCGAGUGGCUCAAAGAACAUGCGGAAAUACAGUACAUAACUCGAUAAGACGAAGAAUAUGCAAACCUGACCGGACGGAAUCGGAUUUGAAUCGGGUUAUUGUUCAUACAAAUUAAUAUCGCCAUUUUGGUAAAUAUGAAACUAUUGAGAGGUUGUUUAAGCAGUCUCAACAUUUGAUUAAUUUUGCAAGAGAACAAACAUUCUUUGCAUCCUCAAAGUUCUGC